AUGGAGGACGACGAUAACAGCAAUUCAAGAAAUCAAUUUAACGAUGAUGGCGAUGAAAACCGAAUUGUGCAGCAACUUCUGCUUACCUAUAUUUCGUGCAAGAGCAAACAAUUGUUUUGUUUUAAAAGUGUGUGCAAGCAUUGGCAAACCCUAAUUUCUCACCCAUCCUUCUGCCGAUUCUAUUACUCCAUUCUCAAUUCGUCCUCGCGGCCUCUCAGAAUCUUGGAUAGGGUUUUAGCUAUGAGUAAUGGUUUGAUUCUGUGUUGUUCGUGGUCGCCAACAUUUGUUUACUACAUCUGUGAUCCACUCACUCGACAAUGGAUCACUUUGCCUAGCAGGAGACCCCGAUCCAUAGGUUUCAUUGGUGAUGGUCUUAUUACUAGGGUCAAUGAAGAUCAUAUGCUUAUUGGUUAUACAAUUGUUAUGGUGGAACUUCAAAAACCUCGAUCGAAUUAUCUUUGUUUAGAGAUGUUUUCAUCCGAAACGGGCAAAUGGAUCGUCUACAAGCUACCUUGCCCUAUCCGAUUGUGGGAACUGGCCGAUGGCGCAAUCUAUUGUUACGGGGCUCUCCAUUGGUUAGUUAGGUAUGAUGAGGGGAUUUAUGGCAUGCUUGCAUUUGAUCCUUACAAAGAUCCAAAAUCUGUUCGCCUAAUUCCACUCCCAGAUGACAGAGAUCUCCAGAGUGAGCGUGACAACCUGGGAGGUUUACAAUUAUGUGGUGAGAGCCAAGGGACCCUUCGUUAUUUCGAGGUAUCCGAAUAUACCACCCAUUUCUAUUUGUUCACCAUGUGGGCUAUGAAGGAUUAUAAGAAAGGAGAAUGGUGUUGUGAGUUUAAGGUGAGACAAAGCGAUCUUCAUUCUAACGAUUUGGAAUUGAGUAAUUGGUUGUUUCGGUACCGAUGGUUUCGUCCUUUAUCGUUUCAUCCGUUGAAUCCAAAUGUUGUGUAUUUGAUUUGCAUGGAUCCUGAGCGUAUUGUUUCGUAUAAUAUUCUGAAUAGAAGGCUGGAUUUUGCUUCUAAACCGAUUGACUUCCGUCAAUGCAUUUCAUCAUCUCUUGGUAUCCCGUUUGUGCUACCUAGAUGGCCGUUGCUUGUUCCACCGGUAGCCACUGUUAAAAGCAUAAAAGAGAGUGUAAAAUACAGAAAAUAG